GGACUCAAACACUCACACACACUCACACACACACUCACCCAUACACACACACACACUCAACACACACUCGGAGGAAGAAAGACGCACCAAAAGACGCACGAAGUGAAGAAGAAGGAGAAAGAGCAGAAGAAGAAGCGGACCAGGGCGGACCAAAGGGGGCCACAAACUCACCAGGUAUGGCGGCGGUGUUGCCGAGAACCCUGGGUGAGCUGCAGCUCUACCGGAUCCUGCAGCGGGCGAACCUGCUCUACUACUAUGAGGCCUUCAUCCAGCAGGGUGGCGACGACGUGCAGCAGCUGUGCGAGGCCGGGGAGGAGGAGUUCCUGGAGAUCAUGGCCCUCGUCGGCAUGGCCAGCAAGCCGCUGCACGUGCGCCGCCUGCAGAAGGCGCUCCGCGACUGGGUCACCAACCCGGCCAUCUUCAACCAGCCGCUCACGUCGCUGCCCGUCUGCAGCAUACCCGUCUACAAGCUCCCCGAGGGCUCGCCCACGCUGCUCAGCGCGCAGGACCGAGCCAACACGGCCAGCGUCAAGAUGCCCAAAGCCGUCGCCGCCGCCUGCUCCGACCCGGGGAAGCUGGACGUGGCGCGGGACAAAGUGUCAGCCGGGUCGCCCCUGCAGGGCAGCAGCGAGGCCCGCUUCUGGUCGGGACACAGCAACGACAGCGAGCACAGCCUGUCGCCGUCAGACCUCGGCUCCCCGUCCUCGCCGAGAGACGCGUUAGAGGCUCUGGACGCCGCUGCCGUCCAGUCGGUCCUGGAGUGUGUGGACAGGAUGGCACCAGGACUUCCUAAGACAGACUUAGCCGAGGUCAAAGAACAGCUGAAGAACAACAAGAAACUGGCAAAGAUGAUCGGACACAUCUUUGAAAUGAGCGACGACGACUCACGGCGGGAGGAGGAGAUCCGUAAAUACAGCGCCAUCUACGGACGCUUUGACUCCAAGAGGAGGGACGGCAAACACCUGACGCUGCACGAGCUGACGGUGAACGAGGCGGCGGCCCAGCUCUGUAUGAGGGACAUGGCGCUGCUGACACGUCGAGACGAGCUGUUCGGACUCGCCCGGCAGAUCUCCAGAGAGGUCACGUACAAAUACACCUACCGCACCAGCAAGUCUCGCUGCGGUGACAGAGACGAGCCGUCCCCGAAAAGGAUUAAAACAGAGGAGAACUUCUUUGACAUCCAGGAGGCGCUGCAGGCCAUCCACAUGAGGCAGGAGAUGCUGAGGGAGCAGCUGGCCUGCGCCAAGUCGAAAGGAGAAGAGACCGUCGGGCGAAACCUGCAGAUGCAGCUGGAGCGUCUGCUGGCCAGGCAGAUGGAGAUCCUCCAGGACGCAGCCGUCCAGGAGCGACUCCAGGCUCUGGACUGGAGGAUCCCCCCCGCCGCCUUAAAGUACCUCAACGACGCCCAGAACACCAACGGAGCUGCCGCCGAUGCCAGCAGAGACAACCAAGAUGAACGACCAAUCAACUUGCGUGUGGUUAGUCAGAACAUGCAGGAAGGCGACCUCCCGUUGGGCAAGCAGCUAGCCAAUGAACUGAAGCGCCAUCACAACCACAACAACAACAACAGCAACACAGACGAGACCAAAACACCAGCAACAGAAAACGGGACGUCGCAGCGAGCGUCCAGCAACGCAGAGAAGAAGACCAUCAAGUCAGAGCCGGAAGACUCCACAUAGUGCCUCCCGCCUCGCCCUACCACCACCCCCCACUUCAUUCUACUCACACUUGACAGUAUGCAGUUAUUACCCGUCAAUAGAUACUAAGCAAGCACAGCCACAGUAGAGCCUUAACAACCAAUGUUGCCUCAUGAAUAGCAUUUAUUUUUCUUUGUCUUUUUGUUCUUUUGUUUAAACGGUAUUUGCCAAAGCACCUCGAGAGCAUGACGAGAAGCCCCUCAGUGCUCCGCGGGUCUUUGUCUGUUGAUUAAUUGUACACGUUAGAUGUACAUGUAAUUUAAGAGUGAUCUGUUUGUAUACUCUUUACCUCUUCCUGAGUGUUUUGUUUGUUGCUUUCUUUGGACAGCCAGGUUGCAGGCUGUGACGCCGGGGCUGAGUCUUAACUCAAAGGUAGAUUCAGAGAUGAGACAGAAGCAGAAAGGUUGGCUGUGUUGCUGCACGUCUUCAGCAUCUUGGUAACACUUUAUAUGACUACCAUGUAGCCAAAUUUUAAGGCCUUCGUCACGCACUUUCACCUUAAAACUAAAGCCGCAGAAGCUGCCAAUAUUAAAUCUAAAAUUGUAUUGCCAAACAAGCAGUGGUAGUCUAAACAUGUCUUACUUUGGUCCUGAAAUAUCUUGAUAAAUAUUUGACAGAUUGCUACGAAGUUUGGUUUGGACAUUCCUAAAGACUUUGGCGAUCCUCUUGAUGUAGCGCCAUCUGCAAGUCAUUCAUAAUGAAGCAGUGAAAUAUCUUAACGUUUCCUGAGUAGAGUAGUAGUGGUUUGCUGCCUCUGUGAAGUAGCUGUCUGUUAGUCACUCACUCUACAGCAGGAAAUGGCGCUUCAGAAUAGAAGUGCUGUGCCGGAAAGUCCGUGCACUUCAAAAUAAAGUGUGAAAAAACUUGACACGUUUGAGAGUCACUUGCGGUCCAUUCAGAAUGGAUCUGCGACCCACUUUUGGACCGCAGCCCACCAGUUGGGAACUAUGGCCUUCAGGUUUUAUGUGGCGCCCUCAUCAAGUCAGAACGUAUUGGUCCAGUAAUUUGGUUUAUGACCAAAUACCUGCAAAACUAAGAACAAUAGCUAGCAUGCUAACUAUGAUGGUGACCAUAGCAAACAUUACUAGCUAAUCAUUAGCAUUUAGCUCAAAAGCAAUGCAAGUGCAGUCUCGCAGAUCAUUUUCAUAAUCGAAAGACGAAUUACAGUUAUUUUGGGGUUGGCAGUUCUGCAAGGUCAUCGAAUCAAUAUUACCCUAAUGCUAAUAGUAAACAGUAUAGAUAAAACUUGUGAUAUCUUACUUAUUAGGGCUGCACAAUACAUCAUUUUUCAGUCGUCAUUGUGAUGUCAGCUUGAGCGAUAAACACAUUGCUAAAGACUACGAUAUAGCACUUUGAAUUUACUAACAACGUAUUAAAAUACAUUAUAUCGUUAGGCGCUAUUUUGUCUGAUACCAGCCAUGCAGUUAACUCUCGGGCCAAUCACAAAGAGUCCUCACCAUUAGGCGUCAUAAUUCUGUUCACGCGACUUACCGCAAAGGUAGUAAAGUGUGCAGGCUAACGUUACCUUUUGUAGAACACCUACUGGAGUUCUUAUUGUCACCGAUUCGCGUUUCCCGCCCUUGGAAGUGUACCACCAUCUGCUGGUUCAUCCGAGCCUUAUUGAAAGCCGUUGUUUCUUUCGGACUUUAAACCGCAGACGCACUCAGGGUGCUUUCAGACCUAGAGUUGGUUCGUGUUCUCACGGCAGCAUUUACAAGAGGACCAGAUCAAAUGCCUUGUGUGAGAAAGCUGCUCUUGAUUGGUCAGAAUUUCCAUGUGGGAAAAAUCCAGGAAGUAAAGCAAACGUUGAAGAAGAGUACACUUGCAAGAUAAAUGUGACACUUUCUAAUGUCACAAUGGAGGGACAACUACGCAGGUUGAUUUUAGCGCUGCUCAUUGUGGACUAUAUUGCUGUCAUUGUUCAUUUUAGUCAAACCAUACAGUUUGAAAACGAGGCGCGGCUCCAACUAGAAAACAAUGUUUUGAUGCAUUGGAUGUGCUGAAUGUGCAUAUUAAGGCAGUACAGGAGGAGGUGCACAUUAAUAAUCCUCCAGGACUGUAACAUGCUCAUGUUUAACCCAAACAAUGUGUCAUGUGACUUCGAUUGAACCGACAUUAAGCACCCCUGUAUAGCCACGAAGGAACAGUCCUUUGUUUCAUAUCAGCAUUUUCCUUCAACUGUGACGAUUCGACUGAGAUCGGCGGUCAAAUCAGGCUCCGUAGAUCGAAUCGUCCACUGUUCUUGGUCACCCCUUCAGGAGAGACAACAUUUUAGCAUGGUGUCCUCAUAUUGUGCAGCUCUAAAUCUUAAUGGUAGACAUACAAAGCGUUACCUAAAAAUGAGAUCUUUGGUCAGUGGCAUCAUUUUUCGUCAGCAUCCAGAAAGUCACUCCAUGUCCAUGACUUUACAACUCGUCUCCUGUAAGACGUUCAAACCUACCAGCACCAGCCAAAGAUUCAGCAACACUCGGCUGCUGGCCGUCGCCCCACGUCUUCUGAGCCUCCGUCAUUCUCCCAAAUCUAACUUAGGGUGUCUGCAUUUGUACUGUAACUCAGAGGUGUAAAAAAAAAAAAGUACUGUAGGGAGAUGGAGUCAGGACUCAGCCCCUUCAGCAGGUUUUCCUUUUUUCUUUACUUUGUCGUUGACUUCAAAUGGGAAACCAGGAGAGGUGGGGUUAAUCCUUCCCUCCGCGCUCUUGUCUUGUGUAUAUUUAUGGAAGGUAAUUUAAGAAGAGGAUGUAUAGGAGCUGUUGUGGAGAAACAGCAGGGGACCUCUGUCAUUCGUCUUGGUAGGAUGGCUGGGCUGGCAUGCCGGAGGCCGAGCUAAUUGGUUCAUUUCACUUUGUAAUUUAGCUAAACACUGCAUGCUGGAGCGAAACCACGCAUCUGCAAACGGGGUGUAUUUCAGGACUAAAGAUGUGGUUUUUCAGCAGCUUUUUGGAGACAGAAUCAAAUAUUAAAGAUUGCAGGUGUGUGUUUUUUUUAUUUCUCUCCAGCUGCAGCCAAAAGCAAAAUUUCCUGUUUAUUGCUGCUCUUUGCGGAGCAGCAGCCUGGGGUCUGUAAAUAGUACCGUGAUAACAAAUAGUGCUAGCCUAAUCUCUCAACCAGGGUUUGUCAAGUGUAACUUUGCUGUAGAUUUUUGGUGUCAAUACAGUGUUUAUGUGUGUAGAGCAAAAACAACAACAAAAAAAAACAACUUAAGUGUCACUGAGGAAAAAAAAACAACCGUGUGAAAGUGUCUGGUAUAUAAACACAUGCUUUACAUGAUGAUAAUGUUGAUUAGCCUUAGCUCUUAACAGUGUUUAACCCCCCUGUGAUGGCCAUCAGUGCAUAUUUCAAAGACGUGUUCUUGCUGUUUAGAGGUAGAUACAUAACAAUAAGUGUUCACUGUGUUUUUCUGUGUUGGCCACACUGUGUAAAUACGUCUGUUUGGUCCCAGAUGAUAAUAACGUCCAGACAAUUUGGUCUAACUCUUCUUUCCUUCCCCCCCUUCGUCCCUGCAGAUAGUUUAGUCUCACUCAGCGUAAUGGCAGACCAAUGCAAUAUUUAUGUAAGUAAUAAGUCUAUUUGCAUACUCUAUGGAUCCAUCGUUGUGUCAUGUGCUCGGUAACUGUACGUCUGUCAUGACCUUCAGGGUGGGAACUCACCUGCGAUGUGGGAGAUGUUUGUGUUGCCUCACUUCUGGUGGGGCUGUAUUUGUAUUUAAAGACAUUGUGCUCUGUUCAUCAAAUUCCUUUUGUUUCAAGGAGCCGUUUGGGCGAGGAGCUGCCGCUGUGGGCCAGAAGUUUACGUACACUUGUAGAGAACACGUAGGUAACGGCAGGCUUGGGUUUCCGAUAAUUUUGGGCGCCUGCUGUGCAACAGAAGGUACAGAGGUCAGAACCACUCUACUUUGGGGGCACACCAAAUCGCUGUACUUUGACGUAGUUAUUGCCGAACUCCUCGAGUUGAAAAAGCGCCCAAAUCUUUUUUUCGUCGUCUUUUUUCCCAUUAUCCAAUGGGAUGAUUUGAGGAGAUACUGGUGGCAGCGGUUGCUGGAUACCCAGAGCUGUACGGCCCGAUGAUAGACAGCGGGUCGUCAAACUGCCCCAGAGUCGUCCUAAAAUAUACCUGGAAACACUGGUGGUACUCCCCAUUGGACUUUAUUGGGCCUAAAGGGCAUUUUGAUAACUGGUACCACUUCAAAGAAAUCAAAAUUUACAUUUCAUGUUUUUUCAAGCGGUAGCAGGCACCUGGUCAAAAUGUCUUGCGGAAUUUUCUAGUUUCUUUAAGUGAAAAACACAAAAAAAUCCCUUCUAUGAAUUUAUUAUGGAUCUCCUGAAAGUGCGACCAACUCUACCGGGUACGAAAUCCACACGCAGCACCCUGAUGUAUCGGUUUUGACGAUGUACAAAGUUGUGUCACUCAGGUUUGCUCUGUGGAGUGGCCUCAUCACGUCUUGUGAGUGAUCAUGAUUGACUGCAGCUGGUUUGAAACACUCAUUAGUUUCAGCCACAAGCACGACAGUUGGAAAGUCUAAGGAGCUCAGCGUGGAUCUGGAAAAGUGAAUCAUUGACUUAAACAUGUCAGGACAGUCACUGGGAGACAUUUCAAAGCAGCUACGUCCCAAGAUCAAUGUCGCUGCCAUGAUCAGGAAGAAAAGUCAAGCUAUCACCUGCAGCUGAGAGGAAACUGGUCAGGGUGAUUAAGAGUCGACCAAGAACCACUUAAACGCAGGUCUAAGAUGAGUUAGAGGCAGCAGGAGCACAGGUUUCAGCGCCCACAGUUGAGUGUGUUUUACAUCACCAUGCAAGGAGGAAGUUUGGCUCCAGAAGCGGCACGUUAAAGGCCCUGAUGCACCAAGCUGACAGUCGGCCGUCAGUCAGUGUUAGGCUGUCAGUGAGCGUCUGUUGCCCCUCGUCAGCCCCUGUAGGCUUUUUUUUUUUUGGCCGAUUCACUAUGUCGAAUCAGCAUCGGCAAUUCAGCACAGCACAUGUGAAUAGAAACAGAAGUGAGGAAAGUAAACAAAGAGCAAACGCCAAGAGGGAGUGAGACCAAAACAGACUUGUCAGAUAAGGUAAGAUUCAUUUUCUUUAGUCACUGAGCUCUUUAAACGUUUCCUGAUGGUUUGUGUUGUUGUUCACUGCCGCACGGUAAAUACGCUCUUUUUUCUUUCAACACUGGGCUGUGUUGCUAACGUGCUAACUGGCUAACUAGCACCAAGACGGUCACCCAGUAAUACAGACUGUCGCUGUCUGCCUGUGUGAAGAGUAACUUCUUGUCAUGCAGGCGCAGAACGUACGUACGAACUAGCUGGCUGUCAGCUGUAGUCUUUGCGGUGUGUUCAUGUGCAACUAUUUGGCCGAGACACGACGAUGUGGGGCGACGCUAGUUCUUUGAAGUCGGUUUGGUGUGUCUGGGCCUCAAAGGCUCGACUAAAGUUGGCUGCUGAUCACAUUUUGGAGGAAAGUUCAGGGGUUAGAUGAAACAAAAAUCGAGCUAUUUGGCUUCAGUGACCAGAGAUUCGUUCGGACGAUAAAGGGUGAAGCCUUUAACCCAAGACCGUCAUACCUUUAGUCGAGCAUGGUGGUGGUCGUGUUAUGCUCUGGGCCUGUUUUAGCAUUGCUGUAAGUAUGUUUUUAACUCAGAAAACCCAUCGUAAAUACACAAAAGAACCAAAUUUGAUGUUUUUUUACACUGACGAAUACGAGUCGUAGAAAUAAUUGGAAACCCAAGAUCGCCGUGACUUCCGCCCACAGCUGCAGCGAGGAUUUGGAGUUUGCAAAACUAGCUGGUGAAUUCUGGGAGAUAACGCCGUCGAGGUUUCGGGACAAGAUGACCUUUUGUCUCCGGCCCCGCUCGGCUCAAACACUGUCCUAGUUAGUGUGACUGUUGUAUGAUGUUUCAGAGAAUAGCGCAUGUCUGACCUGCCGUCUCACUGAUCACCGUUCUCCUCACUGUUUAUUGUAAAGUGAUAGAUUAGGCUUCACCUAGUUAUGCACCUGUUUUUUAAACACUAAUAUAUUUUAUUUGUUAUACAGCACAUAAACAUUAAACUUUAUUUUUUUGAACUCUA